AUGGCGCCAGUGGCCCGGGAACUGGCGCGCUACAAGGUGAACAUAGCCGCACUCAGCGAGACCCGAUUUUCCGAACAAGGCCAACUGGAGGAGGCGGGUGCCGGCUACACCUUCUUCUGGAGUGGGCGGCCCAGGGCAGAGCGACGAGACGCGGGUGUCGCCUUCGCCAUUCGGAACGACAUCGUGGACGACUGCCCUGUUUGCCGCAGGACAUCAAUGAUCGCCUGA